CUUUUUUAUCGAUCCUUCAGGUACCAGAUACCAGGUACCAGGUCUUAUCAGCUGCAUCAUAGAUAUCAGUUGUCAUAUUUCAUAUUGUUAAAUAAAUUUGACAUCGAGUACAGUUGCAGUAAAAGAACUGAUUAGAAUUUCUAAGUUAACUCGAAGACAAAAAAACUCGUUAGACGUCAAAAAAAUAACAAAUAUAAAAAACAUAACCUACAAGUAAUUUGAUAAUAUUUACUGACAGUGAACUUGGUGUCAAAAAUAAUUUUUUAAAUUCAUAAAUAUGGCGAGAUAUUUUCGAGAAGAAGAUAUUGACGAAUUCAGAGAAUGUUUCUAUCUUUUUGCUCAAGAUGGGCAAAUAAAACGUCUGGAAGAAUUAACAAUAAUCAUGAGAUCUCUUGGACUUAGUCCUACUAUUGCUGAAUUAAACAAAUAUAUGAAAGAUAAAAAUGGAAGAAUGUCAUUCGCUGAUUUUUUGGAAGUAAUGCACUUGCAAACAAGAGUUGAAGACCUGCCUAAAGAAGUUAAUGAUGCUUUUAAAGCCGCAGAUCAUUCGAGAAGUGGUUUAAUACCAGCGCGACAAUUAGCACACAUGCUAUUAAAUUGGGGUGAAAAACUGUCUAAUAAAGAAGUUGAACAAAUUUUUCGAGAGGCAAAUGUAUCUUUAAAUGGACAUAUAAACUAUGAAGAUUUUGUUAAGAUAGCAUGUGCUCCAGUUCCUGAUUAUUAUUAAUCACUUUGAUAAAAAGAAAUAUUUUAUUUGUGUAAAUGGAAACUUUGUUUAAGUUUUUCUCUUAAACAAACGAAAAUUUUUAACAAAUACAAACAGUUUGCUAGACUAUAUAUAGUCUGAUUAAAAGAAACGAUUCAAAACAAUUCAAUUUUACUACUAUUCAGAUACAUUCAACAUUGAGUGAAUCGUUUUAUUUAAUCAAGGUAAGCUAAUGCAUCGAGCCUCGUUUUUUUGUUGCGUUUAUAGUUAUUGUUUAAGAGAAAAUCUUAGACACGCAUAAUAACCGACUUUAUUUAAUAUUAAAAAUGAAAAUAAAUUUUAUAAUAUAAUACGUUAAACAACGAUCAAAUUUUAUUGAUAAUUGUAAUUUAAUUGCAUAAUCAUACAUUCGUACCUUUGUAAAAAUAAACAGUAUUCAAUGUUGAAGUUUUUAUAACUGAA